GUAUCGCACUGACGGAUGGGUGAGAAAAUUACGCCACCAAAAAAAAGAAGUCUGCAUUAAGUCCGUGUUUUCUUUUUUACAAAAAUACACUUUAACGAUUCGUUUCGAAGGCAGUGGAAGUCUGGCGGGUCUAUCAGUGGAGGGAUUUCCUUCUUACUUUUUUCAUCAGACAGACACACAUCUGCUCCAUGGAAAGAAUUCAUAGGGACUGAAAACACAUCAGCGCAUAUCUCUUUUCACACCAUGGAUACCGCAAACUCUACAGCCUACCCCGCUCCCUUCACGAGCAACAACAGCUCCUACUACGCAUUGACCAGCGCCGGCGUGAUGUACCGCAGCCAGACCGUGACCGCGACCGCUCCCGGUGCCGCGCCGUGCGUCGUGGACGGCGGCGCCAUGCGGAUCCCGCUGGCCGUCUUCUACUCCCUCUUCUUCCUGUUCGGCCUGGUGGGGAACCUGCUGGCGCUGUGGGUGUUCCUGCGCGUGCACACCAAGCAGAACUCGGUGCGCGUCUUCCUCAUCAACGUGGCGCUGGCCGACCUGCUGCUGGUCAUCUGCCUGCCCUUCCGCGUCGCCUACCACGCCAACGGCAACCGCUGGGUGCUGGGCUCGCUGAUGUGCCGCGUGAUCGGCCACGCCUUCUACAUGAACAUGUACAUCAGCAUCACGCUGCUGGGCCUGAUCAGCGUCGACCGCUACCUGAAGAUCCACCGCUCCGCCGGCCGCAAGCGCUUCAUGCGGGGCCGCUGGAGCUACGCGGCCUGCGUCGUCCUCUGGUCCGUCUCGCUCGUCUGCGCCGUCAUCCUGAUCGGCAUCACCACGCACAAGGACGAGGGCAAGUGCUUCCACUACCGCAAGAUGUCCUCCAAGGGCGUGGCGUGCUUCAAGUACUUCCUGGUGGUGCUCUUCUGGCUGGUGUACGCCUCGCUGGUCGUCUCGUACCUCAAGAUCGGCAAGAUGCUGCAGCGGGCGUCCCGGGACAAGCCGGACCUGCCCAACGCGCAGAAGUACGGCCGGACGGCGCGCAAGUCCUUCUUCGUCCUCUUCCUGUUCACCGUCUGCUUCGUGCCGUACCACGUCGUGCGCAUCUUCUACAUCGCCUCGCAGCUGAGCGACACGCCCUGCGCCUGGCAGGACGCGGCCGACAAGGCCAACGAGGCGGCGCUCCUGCUCUCCGCCUUCAACAGCUGCCUGGACCCCGUCAUGUACUUCCUGCUCUGCAGCUCCAUCCGCCGCACCACGCUGGAGAUCUUCCGGAAGCUCAUCCGCGAGCCCAACGUGGUGGUCAGCAGCGUGUCCAGCAGCGAGCUCGGCAGGAGCCAGCGACCGUCGCUGGCCAACAUCAACAGCAUCAACAACGCCCAGAGCGAGAGGAUGCUUGUUCACACGCCGGUCAAGGGGAAAUGAGGACCGCUGGACGCGGUUAGGGGGGAGACGAUGGAUAGCGUUAUGCAGACGCAGCUCUGAGAGACACGGUGGAGAUCAGCCAGAGAGACAUGCAGUGAUUUCAGUAUCGCUCGCUUGUCUUGCCAGGAACUGAGAGAUACGUGGACCCAAGUGUUGAGAGCACUGGCAUCACUCCUUAAUCACGCGCCCGUCUGGCUUAACAUUUUUGGAACACUCUGGCAAAACUAUAAUCUAUGUUUUCAGUAUAUGUGGAUGUACAUUAUGUGUGGGGACAUGUAAAGUCCUCUGUUGUCAAAGCUGUUCACAUUAGGCAAGAAACAGACAGGAACAAUACAACGCAUUGCGAUGCAAGAGGGACAAUGCAACGCCUCGAAGAGCAAGAGACGCAGAUUGGCUAUUUGUUCACCUAUUUCAAUCACGCAACACUAAACAAAACAAUGGUGAACGUUUAGCCUAAGCCUCAUUCUGGUCAUUUCUGUAUUUACACAGCAUGCACAGUACAUAAGUCACAAUGACCCAAUUCUUCACAAAUGACUCAUGUAUAUAUACUGUACGAGGGGCUUUUAGAAAAUGUUUGGAAAGAUAUUGAGCAAGUUGACAAGAAUUCUUUAAAAGGGCAAAUUGCAUUCAAAUGUUGGUUGGUUGGUUGGUUUUGCUGCUAUAUGCAUUAUAUAAUGAUACUUUUAUCCAUAUAAUGCAUUCUAUAAUUAUAUAAAAAAAAUGUGACAUCAAAUAUCUCAUACUAACAAAACAACAAUAAUAACAACAACUACAAAAUGGAGGUAAUUUAAUGUCAUUCCUAGUUGAUGCCUACUUUUAGCCAGACCAUAGUGGACACUGUGGCAUCAUAACAUAAUCAUGGCUCCUCCUGACAUGGAGUUACAGCACGCCAGCAGUCAAACCAACACAACCACAAUAUGUGACAAUGGUGAGACCAUGAGCCUAAUAAGAGGUAGGCUUUUUAAUCCCUGAAAGAUUUAGCCAGUGUGACUCAGAUGUACUGGGAGUCUUAAUGCUGGCUAGAACAAUGACUCAUAUUUCUGACAGCCCUCUGAGACUGUGCAGAGGUGCCUCUCCUGCACACGGUAAAUACAGAGCUCCCUCUCCUGGUGGAACAUGAUAUUGCAUUAAAACAAAAACAAAAACAAAACAAAAAAAAUUGCUGGUCUGGAGAUGACUCAAGAUUUGAAAUUCUUUCUAGAUUAAAUGUCAAAUGAAUGGAAACAACCAUCAGAUCUCUCUAUAACUAAAUCAUAAUGAUAAUAAUAAAACACUGUAACAGGAAUGCAGUCAAGGUUAGUGCACCGGUAUUCAUGAUUACUUACAAUACUGAAUUAAAAUAAAGUAAAAUAAAAUAAGAUCUAAAUGAACCCUUCACAUAUAUGUGGAUCUCACAUCUGAAACUAUACUUUUAUCAGUCCGUUAGCAUUUCCACUGUUAACCCUCAGUGUUCAGCAGUCAGAUACAGAUACCGAUAAGCCAUCAUGAGGAAGUUCUCGGGUAACUGCAAGUGAUCUGAAUUGCCUGCUGUGGUUUUAGCUUGUGAAUGCACACUUUUGAACUUGCAAAACUGUUUGACGGUUUUUAAGUGUCACAGCAAGCCUGCACCUUGCUCAUUUCAAUGUCGCAGACAAACGAAAAUGCCUCUGCUACCAUGGACCAAAGGUAUGUGAUGUAAACUGCAUGUAAAUGACUUGCUGUGCUACGCCUGCUUCUAUUUUUCAUAGUUAGCAUCAGAUGUAGUGCAUAAACGCAGAUACAUUGUGGUACAGUUCCGCAAAGAUUCAGAUCAAGAGCGAUGCUAAGGUUAUUGACCGUCUACGUCUGUCAUUUUUAUUUUGAAUUUGAAUUUGAAUUUGAAUUUGAAAGAAAAACAUUAAUUAAGGAAACUAGGCAUCCAGACACUGGCAAACAUGAUCGUCACUGUUGCAGGUCAGAAAAAGUCUUCAUGUUGGUAAAGAAAAAAAACUAUUUGCAGCAUCUGGUCCUUCAUGUUACCUCUUGUGGUUCUAAAACACCAUAUUCUCACUUUCACUCUCUUCACCUAGAUUAAGAUUGCUAUUUUAGCAACUCAAACAGCCUUCCGUAAUAGUUGAGAUCAUACUACUACUCAUAUUGAACUUCCGAUUAAUAAUGAUAAUAAUGUAUUUAAUUUGGGGUGCAUAUAGCUCGGAGAAGAAGUCUAGUAACAUCAAUGUUGAUGUUUCACAACUCUAUUUAGCACUUGUGAGUUUCUGGUGACUCAUACACGACCACAGUAAACUAUAAAACUCACUUCCUUAACAAGACUGUGUACCGCUAUGCAUAUAAUAACUGCAAUAUGGAUAUGAUAACUGCAAUAAGCUAGAAAUAUUCGUCCUUAUGACACAUGUAUCAGAUGAAGGCUUUCUUUUCCAGCCACUGUUUGUAGUCCUUUCUUUCAAGUUGUCCCUACAUUACUUUAGUCUCUGCGAUCAAAUUAAAAAAAAUAAUAAUAACAACUGUGAUAGAAUAUGCAUUCAUCAAUUGAUUUCUGACAAAAGCAAACAUACUUUUUUUGUUGAGACAAAUAAAAAAGAAUAAUACAAAGACAGCUAACUGUUACUUGUACUGUGAGUUAACCGAUCCCAAUUGCUCAGUUCCUGUUUUUAAGAUCUAUAGAUACAUUCAGUGCGGUUUCAUAAGCGAGAGGAAAUGCUGAUGUCUCAUUUCUCAUUUCAGUAGAGGGAACUGCACUGUGGCCCCUGAGGUCUCCCACUCGGUGGUGUUCCCCUGGAUCUACCUCUUCCUGGCUCUCCUGGGCCUCUUCACCAACGGCCUGGUCUUGUUUGACCUC